AUGUACGAAACAACUGAACAUUGUCAAAUUCGGCUUAAAAAGCAAAAACGUCGAGAUCAACCUCGUCGAUCAAAUGAAACAGAACAACAUCGUCAGCUUCGCCUUGAAUAAUUGUUUCCAAUGAUAAAUCAAACAAUUAUUUACAACGAUCAAUCAAAAAAAAUUGUUUACAACGAUAAAUCGAUAAAUCAAACAAUUAUUUACAACGAUAAAUCAAAAAAAGAUAUUGCUCAAUUACCUGAAGACGAUGUACCAGAAUGUAUUAUGUCAACGAUGGAACAGAAGAUAGAUGAUGAAGAAAUUCAAUCUGAAAGAAUUGGAUAUAUUCCUGAUCCAUUAUCCGACCUAAUAGAACGUACUACUACAGAUAGUAUUCCUAUUAGUACCAGCUGUGCAUUAAAUAAAUUACUACAUCAUAUUAAAACCAUCGGUGGUCGAGUUAUGGUUUUAGCAUAUUCACGUACGGCAUUACGUACACGUAUUCAUGCAUUAAUCUACAAUCAGGGACUACCAAGCAUUUUUUUAACUUUAAAUCCAGCUGAUAUUCACAGUCCCGCGGCAUUAUAUUUUGCUGGCGUCAAGCUUGAUUUGAACAAUAUUCAAAUGGAACAACUUAUGGAUAAUUACAAAAGAGCUGAAAUUAUAGCAUCUCAUCCUGUUGCUACUGCCAAAUAUUUUCAUUUAUUGCUCAGUAAUAUCUUAGAUACUAUGAUCGUUGGUGGUGUACUUGGCCCAAUAAAAGCUUACUUUGGUACCGUUGAAAGUCAAGGACGAGGUUCCCUUCAUUUGCAUCUUCUUAUUUGGCUUGAUCAUGAUAUGAAACCAGCUGUGCCAAGAUCAUGGAACACGCCACCACGAUUAUCCCGAGAUAAAAUAUAUGCAGCUUUAAGUACAAUUGAUUUGACAGGUUUACAACAAAAUAUAUAUGAACCCAACAACAUUAUAUCAACACCGUUGAAGGAACAAUUUGUUUCAUCGAUUUUGCAUGUGUCUGCAUUGCCAAAUAAACUUUUACAAACACCAACACGUAAUCAAUCAACAUUUGUUAUUAAUGCUUCGUAUAAUGAAUCAAAAGUGAUUCCAGCUUGCUUACCAACUCCAAAUCCGUCGUCACCUAAUUUUGCAUCACGAUUUCGUGCGGAUGUAGUACAACUUGUUAAAGCAACCAAUAUUCAUAAACAUAGUAAUACUUGCUAUAAAUACUGGAAUGCUAAUAAAGGUGAUAAGAAAAGUUGUCGAAUGCGUAUGCCACGCACAUAUAUUAAAUUAAAACUAACUUAUUGUCUUUCACAUGUAGAUGUAAUCGACGAUGAUAUAUUUGAUGAUGAAACUAUCGACGAUGAAAAUAAUAAUGAAGAACAAUUUCAAAUUCAAACUGCUGAAGAUAACAAAAAAUAUGUACUUGUUAACACACGAAUUGAUUAUCAAUAUCGUUCGGCCAUUCUCAAUAACCCAUGCUUAUACAAUUUUGUUAGCACACUAUACAAGAACAAAAUGAAUACAACAGAUCAGAAAUAUUUAUCUAAGACUACAGAAACUGUAGAAGAAAAAGCUAAUCAAAAAGGGCGACCACCCAAUGAACGCUCUCCAUUUCAAAAACAACAUCCACAGGCAUCAACACAUCUGAUGAUGAAAUACAGUGAACCUCAUGUACCUAUUCUUUACGGUCCACAAAUUCCUCGACGAGAUCGUGAUGACACUUGA